UAAGCCCCUUCCGGUCCUACUCACGUUGCUUCUUUCCUGGCGUCACCGCAGGGAUGAAGCCGAUCCUGCUGCAGGGCCAUGAGCGGUCCAUCACGCAGAUCAAAUACAACCGCGAGGGAGACCUCCUCUUCACGGUGGCCAAGGACCCUAUUGUCAAUGUUUGGUACUCUGUGAAUGGUGAGAGGCUGGGAACCUACAUGGGCCAUACUGGAGCUGUGUGGUGUGUAGACGCUGACUGGGACACCAAACAUGUCCUCACCGGCUCAGCUGACAACAGCUGUCGUCUCUGGGACUGUGAAACAGGGAAGCAGCUGGCCCUACUCAAGACUAAUUCAGCUGUCCGUACCUGUGGUUUUGACUUUGGGGGCAAUAUCAUCAUGUUCUCCACGGACAAGCAGAUGGGCUACCAGUGUUUUGUGAGCUUCUUUGACCUGCGGGAUCCGAGCCAGAUCGACAACAACGAGCCCUACAUGAAGAUCCCUUGCAAUGACUCCAAGAUCACCAGUGCCGUUUGGGGGCCGCUAGGGGAGUGCAUCAUCGCCGGCCAUGAGAGUGGAGAGCUCAAUCAGUAUAGCGCCAAGUCUGGAGAGGUGUUGGUGAAUGUUAAGGAGCACUCCCGGCAGAUCAAUGACAUCCAGUUAUCCAGGGAUAUGACCAUGUUUGUCACAGCAUCCAAGGACAACACAGCCAAGCUUUUUGACUCCACAACCCUUGAACAUCAGAAAACUUUCCGCACCGAACGUCCUGUCAACUCAGCUGCCCUCUCUCCCAACUAUGACCAUGUGGUGCUGGGCGGUGGUCAGGAAGCCAUGGAUGUAACCACCACCUCCACCAGGAUUGGCAAGUUCGAGGCCAGGUUCUUCCAUUUGGCCUUUGAAGAAGAGUUUGGAAGAGUCAAGGGUCACUUUGGACCCAUCAACAGUGUUGCCUUCCAUCCUGAUGGCAAGAGCUACAGCAGUGGUGGAGAAGAUGGUUACGUCCGCAUCCACUACUUCGACCCACAGUACUUUGAAUUCGAGUUCGAGGCUUAAGAAGCUGGAUCUCCAUCCUGGCCGGGAUAACAGGGCUCAUAGAAAUUUUUGGACUCUGAAAAAUAAUAAACUAGUUUGGAAAUACAUGAUUUCUGGUCAG